CAGCGGCUUUCCGCCGUGUGUAAUUAUGUGUUGAUGCCGUCCAUCCCAUCUUCUGUCUGCUGAAGUAAAUUCAAACCAACUUUUUAUUUCUAGAGGUACUUUUAAAAUGGCUUACACGACCACAGGCGGGACCAAGAAGAAGGUCUGCUACUACUACGACGGUGACAUAGGAAAUUAUUACUAUGGACAGGGGCACCCCAUGAAACCACAUCGUAUACGGAUGACCCACAACUUACUUCUGAACUAUGGACUGUACAGGAAGAUGGAGGUCUAUAGGCCACACAAAGCCACUGCAGACGAGAUGACAAAAUAUCACAGUGAUGACUACAUCAAGUUCCUCCGAUCCAUACGACCAGACAACAUGUCAGAGUUCAGCAAACAGAUGCAGAGGUUCAAUGUUGGGGAGGACUGUCCAGUAUUCGAUGGCUUGUUUGAGUUCUGCCAACUGUCUGCUGGUGGUUCAGCUGCUGGCUCAGUGAAGCUGAACCGACAGCAGACAGACAUUGCAGUGAAUUGGGCAGGAGGACUCCACCAUGCAAAGAAAUCGGAGGCCUCAGGGUUCUGUUACGUCAAUGACAUUGUGCUGGCCAUCCUGGAGCUGCUCAAGUACCACCAGAGGGUGCUGUACAUCGACAUAGACAUCCACCAUGGAGAUGGAGUGGAGGAGGCCUUCUACACAACAGACAGAGUUAUGACUGUGUCCUUCCAUAAAUAUGGGGAGUACUUCCCUGGAACUGGUGACCUUCGGGAUAUUGGAGCUGGAAAAGGCAAAUAUUACGCUGUCAACUUCCCAAUGCGGGAUGGCAUAGAUGACGAGUCAUAUGAGCAAAUCUUCAAGCCUGUGAUGGCUAAGGUGAUGGAGAUGUACCAGCCCAGUGCUGUGGUUCUUCAGUGUGGUGCAGACUCUCUCUCAGGAGACCGCCUCGGCUGCUUUAACCUCACCAUCCGAGGGCAUGCCAAAUGUGUGGAAUACAUCAAGUCCUUCAACCUGCCACUGCUCAUGCUGGGUGGAGGAGGAUACACCAUUCGAAAUGUGGCCCGAUGCUGGACCUAUGAGACAGCUGUGGCUCUGGACACUGACAUCCCUGACGAACUGCCAUACAAUGACUACUUUGAGUACUUCGGGCCUGACUUCAAGCUCCACAUUAGCCCCUCCAACAUGACCAACCAGAACUCACAGGAAUAUAUGGACAAAAUCAAGCAGCGGCUGUAUGAGAACCUGCGGAUGCUGCCUCAUGCUCCAGGGGUGCAGAUGCAAGCCAUCCCGGGGGAUGCUGUCCCAGAUGACACAGUGGAUGAGGACACAGAGGAUCCUGACAAACGCUUGUCCAUCCGUGCUACAGAUAAAAGAAUAGCCUGUGACGAAGAGUUCUCCGACUCUGAGGAUGAAGGGGAGGGAGGCAGGAGGAACGCAGCCAAUCACAAGAAAGGAGCCAAAAGGCCCAGAGUGGACGAGGACAAACAGGAAGGAGAGGAGAAGAAAGCUGAUAUAAAAGAAGAAGAGAAGACAAAAGACAGCAGUGCUGAGAAGACUGACUCAAAGAGUGUGAAAACCGAGCAGACCAGCAGUACCUAAAGUGUUCCUAUCCAAAGAUCUUAACUGGUGCUGUCCAGCUUCGAGGAUCCUGCACUUCCCCGAAACACCAUUAAGAAGCAUUAUAUUUAUUAUGACUCUUCGUUUUCUACUUGUAAAUUGUCUCUUUGUGUUGUGUGUGAGUGGUUAUCCUGAAUUCAGCCCUUGAAUUUGCCAGAUUUGGUUCUCUUUAAACCAUGUGAAUCCAAUGUGCUUGAUCUUCUGAAUCAGCUCUUUUGUCGUUAAACAAGGGUUUAAACCCUUACAUGAACCUGUAAUGAUUUUACAGCUGAAUUUUAAUAUUUUGUUUUUGUCAAUAAAAUUUUUUUAUACUGUU